CACCUGUCCACGGUGGUUAGAAAACAGAAUGGGAAAGAUUCAGGAAUUCGAAAUAACCUUAAAUAACAACAAAACAGUUUACAGCCCUGGUGAAUCGAUCUCUGGAACACUGAAAAUCUCAACUGCCCAGUCUAUACAAUGUAAAGCAAUCAAAGUGAACUGUCAGGGCUUCUGUGGAGUGACCAGCAAAGCAAAUGACAUGGACUGGACUGAGGAGGAACUGUUCUUCAGCAGCUCUGUCUCAAUAGCAGAUAAAGGCACUCUGAAAGAGGGCGAGCACAGCUUUUCCUUCAAGUUUCUCUUACCAGCCACUGCACCAACAUCAUUUGAAGGGCCUUAUGGACGGAUUAUUUACAGAGUUCGGGCUUUCAUAGACACUCCUCGCUUCGCAAAAGACUACAAAAUCGAGAAACCCUUCUGUAUGCUGAACAGCAUCAACCUCAAUGAAGUACCUGACAUACACGAACCUAGCUCAUCUUCUGUUACCAAAAAUUUCUCAUAUAUGCUCGUGAAGAAUGGAACAGUGGAGCUGAAAGGCAAGAGCGACAUGCGGGGAUAUAUAGCUGGACAGAUCAUCAAAGUAUCAGCUGAGAUUGAAAAUAAAUCGGACAAGUCAACAGGUCAUGUGGUAGCCAGUCUCAUGCAGAAAGUUACCUAUAACACUAAGAAGCCGACACAUGACCUGCGGGCUGUAGCAGAGGUAGAGGGCCCUGGAGUUAAGGGUGGACAUAAAGCUGAAUGGAAGGAGAAGAUAAUUGUUCCAACUCUUCCCCCCUCCUCUCUGUCUGGUGAUAACCUCAUCCAAAUCAGCUAUUACAUUCAGGUCUCUUUGAAAUACCCAGAGGUGUCACUAACUUUGCCCAUUUACAUUGGAAACAUUGCAGUGGAUCCCACUCGGCCUGCCCCCUCCAGGCCUGUUCCUCCCAAGCCAGCCCCACGCUCAAACUCUACCUCCGCCCCUACCCCUUCUCCUGCCCCUUCUCCUACUGUUGCUCCCUCCGACUCUACCCCUCCCAGACUUCCCCCUUGCUCAAACCCUAAAGCUGCACCCAAACCCAGGCCUCGAAGCUCCUAUGCAUCCCCCAGUGCUCCACCAGCAGAUCUGUACCCUGAGCUCCCAGGUGCAGCUAACUACAAUGGGGAAAUGGAAAAGAGUCCACUGCAGGAGUCAGGUUCUCAGGCUGUGUCCCCUAAUGCAUUCAGCUAUGCUCCUGGACUCAGCUUCAGACAGAGUCAAAACUCCAAUCAUGCAUCAGCACCCCCUUUCCUUUCAUCCACCACCCCUCAAGACAGAUCCUUGACGGCCUCCACUCCAAUGAGCAUGCCUCCGAACUAUGGAAGUUCAGCAUAUCCACAUGAGCCUCCACCUUCAUAUGAAGAUAGCUUCAACACAUAAGUUGUUACCCAACCAUAGGAAGAAGACUAUGUAACUUGUGAGGAAAACGUUGCUUCAGAACACUCCUGUGACUUACUAAUAAAUGCAGACCUCAAGCAAUUUUUGUACUAAAUGUGUAAAUGUACAAAUAAGAAUUUGAUACUAAACGUAAGAGGUCUAUUGAUAUAAUCAUACUUGGUAUCUGUGCUAAGCAUUUAAAAAUGUUGUAGCUUUCCUUUUUUAAUUACAAAUUAUCUGCUAGUUUUGUCACUAUUGUGAACCCCAUGCAAAAGUUAUUUUGGUACUACUUAUUUUUAGGAGUUUUAUCACAGAAAAUACUUAAUUAUUAAGGAUAUACUUCAUUUUGUAUAUUUGUAAGUUUUGUACAAAUAGCCUGGUAAUUUUGACUUGUCCCUUGUAUUAGCGACUUUAGGAUUUAUUUUUCAUUUUAUUGAUAAGCUAGGUAAAAUCCAGUUUAGUUUGAAACUCCUAAUGUUUUACAUAUGACUAUAUAGUUGGUUGCACAAAUUAUCCACAAGUUAUUAUGGGACACUACAGAGAAAUAUAUAUAUAUAUAUAUAUAUAUAUAUAUAUAUUAUUUCAGAUUCUGUGGUAUUGAAUGACCAUUUUCUUACUUUGUUAGUAUUGUUUUUUUUCCCCCAUGCAUGGCAGUUUUGUUGCACCCUACUUUCAUAUAAGUAUAUAUAAAACAGUGAUUUGUAGUUAAAUGUAGUGUACAUAUUAAUAAAAAAAAAAUUGAAAAUCAAUGCCAUAUAUAUAAAGACAAAUUGAUUUUGCAGUGGAAUGCCACUAUCUGAAAAACCUUACAUGAUGUACCGUAUCCAACUGCUCUAAGUUAGCCUGCCUGCCAUUUGUUGUCCCUAUCCUUUCCUGUUUGUUCUAUACUUUCCUGGCACAUUAAAGGAAUAUUCCAAAUUCAACACAAGUUAAGCUUAAUCAACAGCAUGUGUGGCAUAAUGUUGAUACCACAAAAAUGAAUUAUGACUCGUUACUCCUUUUCCUUAAAAAAAGCAAAAAUCUGAGUUCCAACGAGGCACUUAAAAGUGAAUUGGGACAAUGACGUGAAUGUGGCCAAGUUUUGGAGGGUUUAAAUACAAAAAUGUGAAACUUAUAAUCUUAUAAAUGCACUUGCAUUAAUUCUACUGUUAAAACUUAUGUUAUGUUAAUGUGUAUUUUUUGAGCUGUAAAGUUGUUUAAAUGUUAAUUUUAACAGUCAUUUUAGGGUUUAGGGUUUGUUGACAUUACAUUGUCAUGGUAGCAAAGUUGUAAAAUUGGUUAUUACUUUACACAGAAAAGGUUUGUAAGUGAUUUUAUCACAAUAAAAUCAUGUUU